UAUCCGAUUUCAGUUGAUAAUCUCGAUCGUUCUGCCGACUCACCCAUUCUUUGGUUAAGCCCUAAAUACAUUCCACCGCCUACUGCUUCGUCUUCCUCCUCAAUCAAAAUCAGAGCCGCCGGUGUCGUAGAAACAGAAUCCUCCACCGCCAGGUCGCCACCUCGGUGAGUUUCUUCCCGAUACUUAUCUCCGGAUUCCUCUGCAUGAUUCCCACCGCUUUUGGAUUCACCGUCUCUGCUUCUUCUUUUUCCCUCGGUCCACCGUCUCCAUCGUCAGCUUCUAAUCCUCACACUCUUAACACUAACGAUUUUCAGUCCUCAUCACAGAAACCCUCUAUUUCUCCCUCUUCCAGUCCAUCUCUUGAUCCUUUUCAAAGAGGCGCUUCACCGACCAUCACCCUAUUUUUUUCAUCUGUUAUCUCCUCACAAAACCCACCCCUAUCACAACCACUGUUAGCCAAUCGAAUAUUCACAGAUACAGAUAUACUUCAUCGGCCUUCCAACCGUCCAACAUAUGAAUUAUACGCAUCUUCUCUUUAGCUGCUGUGAAACGACUCUCCUUUCGGCGGAUCUGUCUUCCCUUCAGGAUUAUGUGUGUUUUGUUGUUCAAGAUUGUGUAUCCUUCAACCCAGUUUUGGGGUUAAUCGAUUCAAAGGAAGGUUUGCAUCGGACCGCGAUUGUUAUCUCAAUGGGAUUAUUGUUUGAAACGAAGUUGCUGAAGGGCGAAGAUGAUAUUAAAGUGGUCGAUUAAAGAAACAUGUAUGCUAUCAGUCAAUUUAUAUGUCAAUAUAGUUUGUUGCUUUAGUUUAUGGGAAACCCUUUGAUUAUCAGUAGUUUAUGGUAUAUAAUCUCAUUGAUCAUUUUUUUAUAUGAAUUAAUUUGAUAGGGAGCUCUACUCUGUCAUUUUACUAAUAUUUUUAAUAAAGU